CGAGCUCAGCGAGCAGUAUGAGACGCCAAUGGGCCUUGCCCACACGACCAUGCAGGCUCUCAAGGACCGUAUCAAACUGCACUAUGACCUGGCCAGCGACUACUACCUGAACCUCUGGGGCGAACACAUUCACCACGGCUACUGGCCUACCGAGGAGUCUAAAGCAAUUGAGACCAAAGAAGCUGCCCAGCUGAACCUGAUCCGUCUCCUCCUCGACGUUUCCCAUCUCACCCCGGAGACCACCACCGGCCCGCUCCGAAUCCUGGACGUGGGCUGCGGAAUAGGCGGCACCUCCCGUUACCUCGCGUCCACGGCCCUGCCCAACUGCGCCGUAACCGGCAUCACCAUCUCGGGCAAGCAGGUGCAGAUCGCAACCAGGCUGAGCAAAGCCGCCUCCUCUUCCUCGUCCUCCAGUCCUUCUCCUUCAUCGCCCGAAGGAUUGCAGCAGCAAAACGGCCAUCGGGAUGAUAAAGACGAGGCCGGUUUCAUCCCCCUUGGCUCGCAAGGCGGCAAAGUGCGCUUCAUCGAGCUCGACGCCGAGAAGAUGGGCGAGUACUUUGGAUCUGACCCGUCAUCCUCAUCCUCGUCCUCAUCUUCCUCGCCCGCCGUAAAUCAUAAUAACGACAAUGACAACGGCAAAUUCGACGUUGUCUGGAUCUCCGAAGCCCUGAGCCACUUCCCCAACAAGGCUCUCUUCUUUCGGAACGCGCACGCGCUGCUCCGCCCCGGGGGCAAGCUGGUGCUGGCCGACUGGUUCAAGGCCGAGGGGCUUGACGAGGCUCAGUUUGCGGCAGACAUCAAGCCUAUUGAGGAUGGGAUGCUCCUCCCGCCGCUGUGCACGCAGCAGGGCUAUGUUGACUUGGCGAGGGAUGCCGGGUUCGACGUGCUGAGUGCCCCAAAGGACAUCAGCAAGGACGUGAGCAAGACUUGGGACAUUUCCUGGUCUCUCGUACAGAAUCCCUCGCUCUGGGCAUUUGCCUUUAGCCAGGGGAGAGACGGCAUCGCGUUUCUGCAGGCAUUCCGCGCCAUGAGGAGAGGCUACGCAAACGGUAGCUUUCGAUACGCAGUCAUAUCAUUCGUGAAGCCAUGAAGAGAGCCACUGCCACGCCUGGGAAUUACUUUUGCUAGAUAGACCUGCCCUUGAGUGCGCCCUAUAGACAGGAACGCUGUUCUCUAAUCUCUCUUAUUGCACACGAAAAGCCCGGGAAACCCGCUCCGCCCAAACCGCACCUAACAAACGCCUCGUGACCGACCCGGGUAUCGUUAUCGUUACAACAGGUCAUUAAAAUAGAAAGACCUCCGGCGAAUGCCAAACCGAGCUUAACCAUGCCCCUAUGUCCUAUCCCAUCAGCCCUCUCAAGCUAGCAAGCGCCUCUUAAUAGGCGCGGGGAGCGGUUUGCCGUUGAGCAUAUCGCGCUCUUUGAGAAGCGAAGCCUUG